AUGUUGCAUAAAAUAUUCACCCUCUUGACCAUUGUAGCUUCAGCUACUAGUGAGAACUAUAACGUGGAUUGCUCAUGGCCAAUACAUUCUAAGAAUUUGACCUGUGGCAACUUGUUGGGCGAUCGCCAAGCAGUUCAUGAAGAAUACAUGGAAGGCUGUAGGCAAAAAUGGGGUAGUAAGGGGGCUCUGCGAUGUGACUCAAACGAAGAGGAUCGAUUAGAGAUGAGCCGUCGCCAGCCUCAGAGCAUGGUCAACUACACUGAAACUGGAUUCAAGAAAAUCAAGGCCCCUGAAAAGUUGUGGAGCCUUCUCAAGAACUACUGGGAUGCUAAUAAGAACGACAAGCAUAAAGAGGAGUGGGGAAUCGGUAAUGUCUACACGAACAACUGGGCUGCUCCCACAUAUAUGGUCAGCGUUGAAGACAAAGGUCUUCGGGGCGGAGGCAGGUUUAUGAAAAACAGAAUCUGGGAGGCUGCGAGACCAACCAUUGAGGAAUGGACUGGGAUGAAACUCCAGGCAACAUCUCUUUAUGGUAUUCGUGUUUACACGGAGGGUGCCAUCUUGGCGCCUCAUGUUGAUCGUCUGCCUCUCGUCUCGUCGUGCAUCAUCAAUAUCGCUCAAGAUGUUGAGGAAGAUUGGAUUCUAGAGGUAUAUGAUAGGAACGAUAGAGCUGUUAAUGUCACAAUGGAACCAGGUGACAUGGUUCUAUACGAAAGUGGUAGUUUGGUUCAUGGUCGCCCUUUCCCUCUGAAAGGAAACUUCUACGCAAAUGUGUUUAUUCAUUUCGAACCAACUGGAGAGCACCUGCACGACUCUGAGUGGGAUACACAGGAUGACUUCUUUCCACCAUACAUUGUGCCUGACUCUCCUGAGAUUAAGAACUGGGCACGUCGGAAUCCAAGUGGAUGGAAAAAACAGGCACCUUCUGCAGCUGGGCUUUCUCGUCCAAAGGGACACGUUGCAGCGGCUAACGGUGACCUCCAAGACAUUGGACGACUUGCGAGGGAAGAUAAACAUCUUCUCCACAAGAAAGAUGAAAAUGGAUGGCAACCCAUUCACGAAGCCGCACGAGCUGGAAAUUUGGAUGUUGUAAAGCUUCUCGUCGAAAAACAUGGAGCAGACAUCAACUCCGUCACAAAUUUUGGUGACGGUAGCUCUGUGUACAACGUUGCUGUCCAAGCCUUCUCGCCUGAUCAUCCCGUGGCCAUGUACCUGAGCUCGAAAGGAGCUGUGAACAUUGGACCAGAGCUGUAA